AUGUUGGGUCGUGACACUGUUGCCGGGGUUGCCUGUAGCUUUCUCGUGACUUACUACCGUGAGUUUGUAAAGGAGAAGGAGGUCGUUGGUCUUGUCGAGCUCUACGGGGAGUCCUCGCUGAUCACAUACGCCGGGUACAAUGAGGAGACCACCGUCGUGGCGCAGGGCCGGCACGAGAUUGCGCAGCAUCUCGGCAAGAUGGACGAUGCGCUUGGCCGCCGCAAGGUGGAGGUGCGCUUUGCCGACUUUACCCCGCUGCCAGGUGGGUGUAUCCACAUUGUUUGCCAGGGCAUCUUGUACCUCCGCGGCCAGCGCAGGGCCUUCUUCCAGGUGUUUGUGUUGGCCCCGACGCAGUACCGCACCAACACGUACCACAUCGCCAUCGACUACUUUCGUGUGAUGGUGGUCGAGGUGGAACAGAUCCCGGAGGACAGCAUCAUCAUGACCCCGGCGCAGGUUGCACAACAUCUGCUGGAGGAACACGAGCGCCGCAAGCGCAUGGAGGAGUCGCGUGAGCAGCUUCGGCGACAACAAGCGGCCGCGGAGGCCCUUCGGCUGCAGCAAUUGGAGGAGGCGGCGCGACGGAAGGAAUUCCACCAGACACGUGGGGAACAGGAGCCCCGUCAUGGGCGUCAUGAGCGUCAAAACAACGGCACCCGCAACGACGGCUAUGGAAACAAUACAAGCAACCGCAGGGAUCGCGUGGAAUGGAAUGACGACAGGCGGGGAGACCGAACAGAUACGCGGACUCUCAUUCGCAAUGAAGGGAGCGUCAGCCGAAACAACCGGCCUGAGCGUGCGGAGCGAAACAAUGGCAGGUACGAUGAGCGAAAUGAAAGAAACGGUGAACGCCGUUGGGAACGUCACGAUGGCAUGCGUGGGGAGAGGAACGACAACGUGAGGGCCCGCGACGAGAGGGGCGUAUUGGAGGAGGGACCUGCGCCACAAAACACACGUCCCUUGCGCUCACGCGAGCAGCCAAGCACGGCAGUCGCCAAAUCAGAAAAUGGCGGCAGCAAACCCAGCAUCGCCAGACCUGUUCCACGCUCAAAGGCCGCGCUGGAGAAACGUCUUGAGGGCAGGGCCGAAAUUGAGGAAAAUAACAUCAAUAACAGGAAUGAGGCUGUCGCGUCAAGGCGAGUCUCCGAAGAAGCUGCAAGGAAGGAGGAAACAAGAAAGAAAACAGCAGCAACAGCAGCGGCGGCGGCUACAGGCAGUACGAGGGACCCCGCACGGGGACGCCCCCAGUUCAACAGAACGGGAAGCACGGAUUAUGCUCGCCUUGUGAGGGUGCCGAAGUACGUCACGUUGACUGACAUAAAGGCGGCGGUAACGUCUGUCCUUGGCGCGGAGCCGAUUGAUGCAUACUGGUACGGCCGCAGUAGUGCCGACUGUGUGCUGCAGCUACGGUCGUCCAAUGCUGUGGAGCAGCUGGUGCGAGAUUCCGUGACGGUGCUGGAGUCGAGGCUGAGUGCUGCAAAGUUCUACCCGUAG